AGGGCGUUUGGCGCAGGCGCAGUGUCUGGUUCGGCUGCUGCUCUUGCCGCGGCGAAUGGGGCCGGGCGGCGCUGCGGAUGGAGCCGCUGCAGAAUGGAAGUGGCGCGGCCGAAGCUGAGGCGGAGUCGCGGCCACCACCCGCCACCGCGACAGGAAGCGAAGCUGGCCUCCCCGCGGAGCAACCGCUGCGGCGGGCGCCCGCCUCUGCGGCCCCAGGCGAUGGCCGGCGGUGCGGUGGAGGGUCUGGGCGGGCGGAGGCCGUCGCGGGCCGCGAGAAAGAGCGCGCGGGCCCCGCUUUCCGGCCGCGCCUCGACUCCCACCGCAAGAACCGCCCUCCCUUUCCAUGGUUUGGCUUGGAUAUCGGAGGGACGUUGGUGAAGCUUGUCUACUUUGAACCAAAAGACAUUAUAGAGGAGGAGGAGGAGGAAGUGGAGAAUCUGAAAAGCAUUCGGAAAUACCUGACCUCCAACACUGCCUAUGGAGCUACAGGCAUUCGGGAUGUUCACCUUGAGCUAAAGGAUCUUACGCUGUGUGGACGUAAAGGCAAUCUGCACUUUAUACGCUUUCCCACUCAUGACAUGCCUGCUUUUAUUCAGAUGGGCAGCGAAAAACACUUCUCAAGCCUCCACACCACCUUAUGUGCCACAGGAGGUGGAGCCUAUAAAUUUGAGCAGGACUUUCGCACAGUGAGCGACCUCCAGCUUCACAAAAUGGAUGAACUCGACUGCCUUAUUAAAGGAGUUUUGUACAUUGAUUCAGUUGGGUUCAACGGACACUCGGAGUGCUACUAUUUUGAAAACCCAACUGAUCCUGAAAAAUGCCAGAAGCUCCCCUUCAACUUGGAGAAUCCGUACCCUCUCCUUCUGGUAAACAUCGGCUCGGGGGUCAGCAUCUUAGCAGUGUAUUCCAAAGACAAUUACAAGCGAGUGACGGGGACCAGCCUUGGAGGGGGAACCUUCUUUGGUCUGUGCUGCCUUCUGACUGGCUGUUCCACCUUCGAAGAGGCUCUUGAAAUGGCAUCCCUUGGGGACAGCACUAAAGUCGACAAAUUAGUGCGGGAUAUUUAUGGAGGUGACUAUGAGAGGUUUGGACUGCCAGGCUGGACAGUAGCAUCCAGCUUCGGAAACAUGAUGAGCAAGGAGAAACGAGAGGCAGCUAGUAAGGAAGACCUGGCAAGAGCCGCCUUGAUCACCAUUACCAAUAACAUCGGCUCCAUAGCACGGAUGUGUGCGCUUAACGAGAACAUCAAUCGAGUGGUUUUUGUGGGCAACUUCUUGCGCAUCAAUACAAUCUCAAUGAAGUUUCUGGCGUACGCUCUGGAUUACUGGUCAAAGGGGCAAUUGAAAGCCCUCUUCUUGGAACACGAGGGUUACUUUGGAGCGGUUGGGGCAUUUCUGGAGCUUCUGGAUCCAUCCUGAUUCCACAUGGUGCCUGAACCCAGGAUGCCGCUGGGAACAUUUACACCAAAGGGAACAUCUGCAUUCAUUUAGCUUUAUUUGUAAAAGCUUCUGUCGGUUUGACAGAUAAUAGGAAGUAAUUUUGAGCGGCCUCAUCAAUCAAGGACAAGGGUAUUUUUUUUAAGAACCGUUACAGCUCAUCCCAAUAUAUACUAGUUUGUAAGAAACCCGUACCUGUAUAUGCAAGUGUGUGGACUGAACAUACCUGUCUUUCAACUCUUAAAAUGCAUGUUUAGUCAGCCUUGCGUUGAGCAGCUUUUGUUACCGAAACAGGGAACCGGAGCUGAGAUGGAGCAAGUUGCACUAUUCACAAACUAUUUUAAGUGUGAAUGUACUAAUCUUGUAUGAACUUGAAGGGCUGUGUGAAUUUUAAUAAUCGCACCAAGACGUGCAGGAUAUGAAAACACACUUGAAAUAUUAAAUCUGUUGUU